AUGCUAGUCAACAUAUCGUUUGUAGAGGCAUUAGAACAAAUACCUGGAUAUACAAAAUUUAUGAAGGAUUUGAACACCAAGAAGAGAGAAGUCAGUUAUGAGCCAAUUGAUAAUGUUCAUCAUUGUAGUAUUUUAGCUACUAGAUCAUUGGUGGAGAAGAAGAAGGAUCCUGGUUCUUUUGCUAUACCCUGCACCAUUGGAUCUUUCAACUUUGGAUAUUCUUUAUGUGAUUUGGGUGUUAGUAUCAACCUUAUGCCGUUUGUAGUAUUCAAGAAGUUGGGUUUAGGAGCUCCAACACCUACCACCAUGAGACUAGUAAUGGUAGACGGGACGGUGAAAAAGCCAAUUUGUAUUUUAUAUGAUGUAUUGGUAAAAGUUGCUUCUUUAAUUUUUCCUGCUUAUUUUAUGAUCUUAGAUUGUGAAGUGGAUUUACAAGUCCCAAUUAUUCUGGGAAGACCAUUUUUGUCCAUAGGCAGAACAUUGAUUAAUUUGGAGCUGGGGCAUCUGAUGUUGAGAUUGAAUGAUGAACAGGUGAUAUUCAAUGUAUUUACUCUUUUGAAUGAUGGUUUUGAUGUGGUUGUUCUUGUUGAAGAGAGACUAGGUGUUAAAGCACUUGCAGUUGUGAUCAUGAAUUUUGAUUCUGAGGGUAUUGAGGAAUAUAAGGAAAUAGUGAGUACAUUGCAUGGAAAGGUUUCUUAUGAUUUUGCACCAAAGAAUCUUGAUUUAGAUCUGAAGAAUAGAACAACUCCACUUGCUUGGCCAUUCAUUGAGGAGCCACCUGUGUUAGGGUUGAAGGCCCUUCUAUUUCACUUGCGAUAUGCAUUUUUAAGGGCCAACAACACUUUGACAGUCAUUAUUAUAGAUGAGACAGUCAGAAGUAGAAGUAUAAUUAUCAGUAUUGCAGAAAUUCAAGAGAUCCAUCGGAUUGUCCAUUGUAGAUAUUAUGGGUAUUCCGCUUGGUUUAUGUAG